UGAGUUUGUCUGUGCCGGGCUUAGCCGAGCCAAGCACAGCCAAGCUGGGCUGUGCGGGCAGGACUGGGCUCAAGCCAAGCCAAGCAGAACUGAGCCGAACAGGACUGAUCCGAGCCGAAAGGGGCUGAUCCGAGCCGAGCCGCGCUGCGCGGGCAGCAGGAGGAAGGAGAAGAUCUCAUCAGAUCAGGAUACGAGUGGAAUAACAACCUGCCACCUGGCCAUGUGCUGACAAAAAGUUAUUCUGGGUUUUGUAGCAGCCCCAGACUUUUGUACGAGGGGCUGAUGGAAACUCAUCACUCCACACUUCUGGGGAAGAGAGAAGACACUCAAGCAAAGGGCUACAUCUUGGUUCCUCAAAUUCUCCUCUCUCCUUGAUGGUUUUGCCUCCUGUGUCCUUGAACAGAGAGCAGGUUUUGAAAUCAGCCUGGCCAAAGGAGCAGAUAUUCAUUCAGCUGAAAAAAACCUUUCCAUGUGUCCACAAUAGUGAUGAAAAGAGAAGCCCCUCUCAGAGACUGAACUCAUCUGUCAGGAAAAUACCAUUUGCAGGACUUGUCAUGUCUCCCUUCCUGAGGAUUGGUUUGUCCAACUAUGACAGUGGCCCUUACCUGCCAUCCCAGGGGGAGGUGAUUAACCCCUACUGCGCCGUGAUGGUUAAAGAAGCCGUGGAGUCAGAGAAUGGCCAAGUGUAUGUGCAGAAGAAGCCCACCAUGUACCCCCCCUGGAACAGCACUUUUGAUGCCCACAUCAACAAUGGCCGGGUCAUGCACAUCGUGGUCAAGGACAAAAGUGCUGAAAUGGUCUCAGAGACCACAGUGGAGCUCAAGGUGCUGGCAGAGAGGUGCAAAAAGAGCAAUGGGAAGACAGAGAUAUGGCUAGAACUGAAGCCUCAAGGGCGAAUGCUGAUGAAUGCAAGAUACUUCCUGGAAAUCAGUGAUGCAAAGGACCUGGCUGACUGUGAGACUGAAAGCUUCUUCUCCUUGCACCAGCGCAGGGGAGCCAUCAAACAGGCCAAAAUCCACAAUGUCAAGUGCCACGAGUUCACAGCCACCUUCUUCCCACAGCCCACCUUCUGCUCUGUGUGCCACGAGUUUGUCUGGGGUCUGAAUAAACAAGGCUAUCAAUGCAGACAAUGUAACGCUGCCAUUCAUAAGAAGUGCAUUGAUAAAGUAAUAGCCAAGUGUACAGGAUCAGCAAUCAAUAGCAGAGAAACAAUGUUCCACAAGGAGAGGUUCAAGAUCGACAUGCCCCACCGCUUCAAAGUGUACAACUACAAGAGCCCCACCUUCUGUGAGCACUGUGGCACCCUCCUCUGGGGGCUGGCACGGCAGGGGCUGAAGUGUGACGCAUGUGGCAUGAACGUCCACCACAAGUGCCAGGCAAAAGUAGCAAAUCUUUGUGGAGUGAACCAGAAACUGAUGGCUGAAGCUCUGGCAAUGAUAGAGAGCACUCAGCAGGCUCGCUGCCAGCGCGACAGUGAACAGAUCUCCAGGGAUGGACCUCUGGAAAUCGGCUUCCCUGUUCCUGUGAAGGAUGUGACACCACUUCAGGCCUUGCCAGCAUCAGGGAAAAAAGAGCCACAAGGCAUCUCCUGGGAGACUCCAGUGGAGGGCACAGUGAAGGGAGAAUCUCUCAUAGAGUCAGACUUGGGAGAACAGUCCCAAGAACAGCAGGAGCACCAAGUGCAGUUAAAACUGACCAUUGAAGACUUUGUCCUGCACAAGAUGCUGGGGAAGGGCAGUUUUGGCAAGGUGUUCCUGGCCGAGCUGAAGAGCACAGACCAGUAUUUUGCUGUGAAAGCCCUGAAGAAGGACGUGGUGCUGAUGGAUGAUGACGUUGAGUGCACGAUGGUGGAGAAGAGAGUCCUCUCCUUGGCUUGGGAGCACCCAUUCCUCACUCAUGUCUUCUGCACGUUCCAGACCAAGGAAAACCUCUUUUUUGUGAUGGAAUACCUCAAUGGAGGAGACCUCAUGUUCCACAUCCAGAGCUGCCACAAGUUCGACCUCCCCAGAGCAACGUUUUAUGCUGCUGAAAUCAUUUGUGGGCUCCAGUUCCUCCACUCCAAGGGCAUCAUAUACAGAGACUUGAAGCUGGACAAUGUCCUCCUGGACAAUGAGGGGCACAUCAAAAUUGCUGACUUUGGGAUGUGCAAGGAGAACAUGUUUGGAGAUGCAAAGACAAGCACUUUCUGUGGGACUCCUGACUAUAUUGCCCCUGAGAUACUGCUGGGGCAGAAGUACAACACCUCUGUGGACUGGUGGUCCUUUGGUGUCCUCCUGUACGAGAUGCUCAUUGGCCAAUCCCCUUUCCAUGGCCAAGAUGAGGAGGAGCUUUUCCAGUCCAUCCGCAUGGACAACCCCUUCUACCCUCGCUGGCUGGACAAGGAUGCAAAGGACAUUUUGGUGAAGCUUUUUGUAAGAGAGCCCGAGAGGAGACUGGGGGCGAGAGGGAACAUCCGCCAGCACGCAUUCUUCCGGGAGAUCAACUGGGAAGCUUUGGAAGAGAGAAGGAUGGAGCCUCCUUUCAAACCAAGAGUGAAAUCUCCAAGUGACUGUAGCAACUUCGACAAGGAAUUCCUAAAUGAAAAACCCAGACUGUCCUGUGCUGACAGAGCACUGAUUAACAGCAUGGACCAAAAUAUGUUCAGCAACUUCUCUUUUGUGAACCCUAAAAUGGAGAAAAUAUUUUCCUGAGAUCUGCCUUACUGAAGGAAUUCUCUGUAAUGAUUUGAGUAGCACUUUGUCAGCUGAAGACUGUGCAUGGUUGUUUUUAUCAAGAACCCUCCAGAAAGAAACCACCUCAGUGAAAGUUUGUACCAUGCCUGGAGGCUUCUGACUUUUUCCAGGCCAUAGCAGAUGCCAGCCCACUCUUCAUUGAUGAUAAAGUUUCUUUGUGGUAUUUUUUGGUCUCUCUUCUCUCUCUUCCCAAUGUUCUUGAAAUAGAAGGCAUUUGAAAAUGAGGAGGUGCCAAAACCUGUUCCCCACUACUUGUACACCCACCCAACAGGUUUCCCUGUAAGGAAAAAUGAGUAUUUGAGCAUUCUGGUGAUGUCAGUGCCCACUUCUGCAACUGUGACCCAGACCCACCUUCUUCUGAAGGAAAAGUGGUUUGCUCAAGGCCUGAGGGUAUCAGGGAAGACUCAGGUUGGAUGCUUUGGUAACUUCCACUUGCACAUGUGCAGAAUUGCCAAAGUGUGCACAGCUUUGAAGAAAGAAAUUUGCUUCCUACACCCUUUAAAAAUGCUUUUCACAUGUGUUAGGACUCAAUUUUUCUCCAUGGGACAAAGAGACUUUUUUCAGGUGCCUAUUCCACAUCUCAAUGGAUCGUUACCAAAGGGAGUGCCAAGAUUGGUACAGAAAACCAGAGGUUCACACUUAGUGCCUGAGCAGGAAGGAUGGGAAGUUGCAGAAUGUUUCAAGAACCCUGUUCUAAAGCUUUAAGUGUCUUCUGACACAUCAGACUCAGGGCAGGACCCUAGUGGGGCUUUCUGACAUUUUACCCUAAAACCACAUAAGAAAAAUGCAAUGUUUCCUCAAACCAUUGUUUAAGCAUUGCAAAAGUGGCCUUCCAGUCACAGAAUUGGGGUAUUUAAGUAGAAAGGUGCUAACUGGUCCUGCAAAGGCUGAUUUACUUUCUAUUUCUCUAAAUGAUGUCCCAGCUCUUGGGCACAGGUCAAUGAGCUGCACAGGAUGGUCACAGGGAAGGAGGCACAUCAGGUGAGGGUGGCCCUCACCCCCACCUUGUGACAUUUUGCUGUGUGUGCUAUCCCUUUGCAGUCUGUGGGAAUGUGGGUGGGUUUAAAAAAAAAGUAUUUUCCAUGAUCCUUUCAUCAUGGGAUCCUUUUAAAUAAAGGGUGCACUGUUUUCUGAGGUUGGAGAUGUGUGAAACCACCCAGUUACUGCUUGUCACUGAGAUACCUGUGCAAAGCUGGGUCAAAAUCAAGUCAGAGCCUAAAAAGAAGAUUUUGUAACAACUUGGGCUUAGGCAGUCUCUCCAGUUGGUGUUGGGAUCUAUUUGAAGAACAUUCAUUUGGAGCUUUGUUGCAUCAGCCUCCAGUCCAUGGAGAAGAAAAGCUCUGGCAGGUGAGUUAUCCCAAAAUCAGGUUCCCUUCAGAGGUGCUUUCCUGGUUCUGCUGGUCCAGGCUGUCAAUUUGGAGCUCCCAACAGGAUGAGUGCAGCCUUGCAGGCAGUGCUGGGAUAUCACUGGCAGUGACUGCAGGCACAGAAUCCAGCAGGAGCAGGGGCUGAAGUGCCUGAAGUCAACAAGAAGAGCAGAACACCCUGAGAAGGGUUUCAGUCCAAUGACUCUGAUGCAAUCCUUGUUUGUGCUGUGUGAAAUACAGGAGGGGGCAGCUGUGCUCACAGUUUGUGGAGGUGAUCAUCAUGUUUAAUCAGAACGGUUAACAUGAAUUUUUUAAAUGCCGAUGCUGUUUGUACAGUUUAAUAAAAUGUUGUGUAUAAUUGGGAAAUGGGCAUUGAAGUGAUUCAACAGGGACAAAGAACAGAGGUGCUUAGAAAAGCCAUUAAAAUGGCUCUGUGCUGUCUGGGCAACAUUCCCCAGGGGAAUUUUAACCCAUAAAUACACAGCAGCAGCAAGCUACUUGAACAACUGUAACUACUCCACAGGGCAAUAUCUAAACCAAGGAUUUGAUGCUGUGCAAAGGUA